AUGGCAAUUGAUAGCCAGAUUAUAUCUUCAAAAAGGGAUGCAGCAAUAGCAGCAACUGUUCUGAUUUUCAAGAGAUUUGCUGAUAACUGCUAUGUAAUCUUGUUUUAUCAGAAGGUCCAAUGUUUGAAGAAGAAGUUCUAUUUCCAUUUCCAAGAUUAUGUUGACUUGAUCAUUUCGAAGGUACAAUUCUUGGACCGGCAUCAUCUGCUAAUCAAGUUUGGUAGUGUAGAGGGUGGGGUAUCUCGAAGUACUGAUCAGCAUCCUGCAUUUUUUGCUGUAUAUAAUAUGGAGACAACUGAAAUAAUUGCAUUUUAUCAGAAUUCAGCCGAUGAACUAUACUACUUGUUUGAAUGGUAUUGUGACCACUUUCAUGCGGCAUCAGGAAACUUGUUAUACAUGAACUUCAUAUCGUCUCACUCCAACAGCAUCCAUGCUCUUGAGCAACUCAGGAAUGUGAAGAGUAAAGCUAGUAGCUUCUCUCAGUUUGUGAAGAAGAUGCUGGCCUCCUUGCCUUUCAGUUGCCAAUCGCUAAGUCCUUCUCCCUAUUUUGACCAAUCACUUUUCCGAUUUGAUGAAAAGUUGAUUUCUGCAACUGACCGACAUAGACAAUUCACGGACCAUCCUAUCAAGUUUAUUUCGAGAAGGCAUCCAAAUUCUCUGAUGUUCAAGAUAAAACCAGGUCCAGAAGCUGGUGGUGCUGAUGGUCGGGCGAAGAAAAUAUCAUUCCUAUUCCACCCAAUCUUGCCCCUUGCUCUUUCGAUCCAACAAACAUACUUGCAGCCUUCUGUUGUGAAUAUUCACUUCCGUAGAUAGGAUAUUUGUUUCUCUGAAUUCUCAAUUUUUAAAACCAUUGAAAGGAACCUAUUAGCAAAUAUCUCAUCAGUUGCUGCUUGUCAUUUUCAAUUUGAAGUGGAAGUACUACAUCCAUUAUUUUAUUUCUGCCUCACUACACUAAUUCUGUGAGCGUGUUGUAAGAAAUGAAUUUGCCAUGAAAGUUCUUUUCUUUUUGUAAUGCAUGCCUUAAAACCUUUGAAGACUACUUUUUAAGCGUUUCUCUGCUGGUGUAUAAUUAUCAA